UUAAAAAAAAAAAAUGUAAAUAGGCUUACAAAAACUUGAUAUCUGUAUCGCAAGUAACUUUCUUGUCAGAUGCCUUAUGACGCUACAAAGAUGUGUGUUGAUAUGACGUACGGUGUGUCUUAGCCUAUGGUAAAUCUUACUGAUAGAUGUCUAGACUCUUAGGCGCGUUAGCAACCAAUCCAUAUGCUAGACUAAAAUGUGAUUUACUAAAGGAAAGGACAUAGGCCAAGAUAAUUUGGGGCUACUUACUGGCUUUCGAGAAUAAGUCAGCUAUUGUGUUUUGGCCUUCGUGCUUUAUUGAGAGAACUAGCAGGAGAACAACCAUGACGGCGCUACGAUUCUCCAAUGACUUGACUUGCAUAUUCGGGGAUGGGACACAGGAUUUUAAACGUAUUGAACCCUCGUUGCCGAAGGGCUGUAAAGCCAGAGUUCUGUUCGUGGACUGUUCAUUCCGCUCUCUCACGGCCUUCCCCGUUCGAGUGUUUCAUCUCCAACAUCUGGAGGAGUUACACCUGGAGGAAAACUUUAUCUCUGCAGUACCUUCCGCGAUUAGUCGUCUUGAAAAUCUCCGUGUUCUUUAUUUGCACAACAAUCUUCUGAGUUGCGUUUGCGAAGAGCUUGGUCGGCUGUCGCAUUUGCGUUCCUUGGACCUGAGUCAGAAUCCACUCAAAUGUCCUGAACAAAUGCAGGAUGUGGUCCGUCGCUUACGUGGUUUGCGUGAGCUCAGGUUCUACAGCCUGGGCCUUGAAAAGCUCUGUGAUUUGAUCUGCAAGAACCUCUUCAGACUGGAAAUUCUGGGCUUGUCGGACAACGCCCUCACUGCCCUCCCUUCAGAGAUCACCAACCUUCAAUUUCUAAGAGAGAUAUAUUUGAAUAACAACUUGCUCCAGAUCUUUCCAACCGGGCUGGCUGAACUUCCCCGCCUGGAGAUCAUCGAUGUUGGACUGAAUCAGAUCAAUACCCUCUCGGAUGAUGAUGAUUGUGGAUCUUCUUGGAAGAAACUCUUUGUGGCAUCUAACCGGCUGUCAUCCCUCCCUCGAUCUCUUUGCAAAUUUGGCCACCUCACUGUCCUGGACGCCUCGAGUAACGCCCUCACCAGGCUGCCUCACUGUUUCAGGGCCCUUACAGGCCUAGUAGACCUGGGACUCUCCAAUAACGUGCUUAGGACAUUUCCUGCACAGGUUUGCAUGCUCAGGUCUUUGCAAGUGCUGUAUUUGAAGAACACAGGCCUGAAGGAACUUCUUCCCAAUGUGGCCAAUCUGCAGACUUUAUGUGUGCUAGACCUAAGUCAGAACAGUUUCACCUCUUUUCCUUCUGAGAUACUCUCACUCGUCAACCUGGAGGAUUUGAGCUUAGAUGACAACCAACUGAGAGAGGUACUGUGUGUGUGUGUG